AUGGGGGAGGAGAGGGGGGGGAGAGGGGGGUAUCCGGUCUCUUUCUCACACACAUCUGGAGCUGUUCAAACAAGAAUCUGUGAGAGGACAAGGGAGGACCAGGGAGGAGGACCAGGGAGGACCAGGGAGGAGGACCAGGGAGGACCAGGGAGGAGGACCAGGGAGGACCAGGGAGGAGGACCUGGGAAGAGGACCAGGGAGGACCAGGGAGGAGGACCUGGGAAGAGGACCAGGGAGGACCAGGGAGGACCAGGGAGGAGGACCAGGGAGGACCAGGGAGGAGGACCAGGGAGGAGGACCAGGGAGGAGGACCAGGGAGGACCAGGGAGGAGGACCAGGGAGGACCAGGGAGGAGGACCAGGGAGGACCAGGGAGGACCAGGGAGGAGGACCAGGGAGGAGGACCAGGGAAGAGGACCAGGGAGGAGGACCAGGGAGGACCACUGAGGACCAGGGAGGACCACUGAGGACCAGGGAGGACCAGGGAGGACCAGGGAGGACGACCCGGCAGGAGGUGGGAGGAAGAGCAGACUAA